AUGGACCAAUCCUUGUCCCAAAGUCAUGAGUCCCUUUGGACCGUUACGUAUAAAAUAACGGGCAAAGUUCAAGGUGUGUUCUUUAGAAAGUACACGGCUGCAGAAGCUCAAAGACUUGACAUUAAGGGAACCGUGUGUAAUCAUGCUGAUGGAUCUGUCGUUGGAAUAGCUCAAGGACCAAAACGUCAAAUUGACCUAUUCAAAGAAUGGGUGUCGACUAAAGGUUCCCCAAAGUCUCGCAUUGACAACUUCUCCUUCACUGAGGAACGAGAGCUAUCCAGCCUGCAAUACAAGACGUUCGGCAUAGUUAAAUAG